CGUAUCUGUCAUCCGCGAGGCCGAACUGCUUUCCAGCUCUCUUUUUCGCGUGUGCGACUAGGUUCGCCAUUUGUGUGUUUGCGAUUAAUCGCUUUUGUCGUCGGGAAAUUCCGUCGUUAAACCUACGGGAAGUGCUUGAAACUAGACUAAACAGCACCAGAAACCACCAUGCCGAAGAAUAAGGGAAAGGGAGGAAAGAACCGUCGUCGCGGUAAGAACGAAAACGAAUCGGAAAAGCGUGAGCUGAUCUUCAAGGAAGACGAACAGGAAUACGCACAGGUCACAAAAAUGCUCGGCAAUGGCAGGCUGGAGGCGAUGUGCUUCGACGGUGUCAAGCGAUUGUGUCACAUCAGAGGCAAGCUCCGGAAAAAGGUCUGGAUCAACCAGGGCGACAUCAUCCUCAUCGGCUUGCGCGACUACCAGGACUCGAAAGCGGACGUCAUCCUCAAGUAUACCCCGGAUGAGGCGCGAAAUCUCAAGACCUACGGUGAGUUCCCAGAGUCGGUCCGCAUCAACGACACAGUCACAUUCGUCGACAACGACCUGGACGACGAUAUCGAGUUCGGUGACGAGUACAGCUCCGAGGAAGAGGUGGACGCCGUGGAUGCUAUUUGAUCGGUCACCGCCAAAACCGCCACCAGUAGCAGCAGCAAAAGCAGUUAAACAGCAGAAAAAUUCCGAUUGUUUCGUGACUUGUUCAGUAUAAAAUAUUACACUCAGACAUAUUUAACAGCGAUGAGGGGGAUGAGAAACGGUAUGCAGUUGCAGGUAAAAUCCUUCUAUAAUCUAGAUUGGUUCAGCUGUCCAGUUGAAACACAACAGCCACAACUGGGUUAGUAUGUUAUAUAACACUUCAACAACCACUUUAUGGAGUAGGAGUAUCAAAAUUAUUAAAUGAGACAGGCAAAUAUAUUCAUAUGCAUUGUUUUAUUUUAUUUAGAUGCAUUGUCAUUGAACCUGAAAAUCGUUUUUGGCUUUCGAGCCACAAACUAAUUGAGAGAGAAACACCCGUUAAUUAACUAUGUCUUUUUUUUCUAGAUUUAAAAUGUUUUGUAGGUAUUUUUCCGUUGCUAGGAUCAAGUGUGUAAAGAGUCACUUAUUUUCACGUUGCAACCAAUCUGAUAGGUGUUAGUUUCACUUUUGCUUCCAAAUUGCGUUAAUGUAAAGUUUUUUUUUUCUUGACCACACAAAGGUAAAAUUGAAGAAUGAAUAGAAACCCCCAUUGCACGCUGUUGUAUCCGAUAUGUGUAUCACACGGAGUGAAUUUGAACUGAACGCCAACCAGCAUCCUAAGGGUAGAGACAACACGAUUGGUGUUCAAACACGUGAUAAUGUAUCGUAUGCAUAAAUAUAAUACCUAAUUGUUUAUAUAGUGAAAAGGAGGAGAAACGGAAGCAAAAACACAAUACGAGUAGGAGGAGGGAAGAAAACAAGGAAAA